AUGGAUAAUGAAGACGAUAGAAAGUGGCUAGCUUUCUGCAUGAAAGUGGAAGAACAGGAGCUGAAUGUCAUUCCGUGGUGUCUUUCCCCAAAGGUUUUCUCUCCAACGACCCCUGUGUUUCCUAGAAACUGUCGUCCGGAGAGAGCUCUAACCCAUGAUAAACUGUCAGUGUGUUCUCCGAAAACCAAUCUGGAAGCGCAGUCAGAGAAAGGGGUAACGAACGACGCCCUAAACCGCCAGACUGCUGAUGUGGUAAAACCUUCACGCAACCGCUGCCGCGGCCUCGCUGCCGGAACUCCAUCAAAGACCUAUCGGGAGAAACAACAGUCUUCACUUCUAGCACGGGCUUCGGUCGAGCCCCACCUGGCGAAGCAUCAUGAAGACAAAGUCGGGGCGAGCCCUGUGGGAAUCAACGAGGUUCGGUCCUUCACCGAGCACAUCACUGAACGAGAUGGACCGGAAUCUGACACUCUCGAGGCGACUGUGGGCGCGGCGUUCACUACCGAUUCCACAAAUGGAUGCCGUGGCAAACGGAUUGCUCUGUGCGGUGUACAGACAGCACAGAACAGCUUUUCUUCCGUCUUCCCCGAGAAGACUGGCAGCGGAAGCCCUCUGAAGCACAUAUCUGGAAACUCGCCAGAGUCCCAGACAUCCAGAACUGGCAAUCCCCCUAAAACAGUUUACAGACUUCCCUUCCGCCAGGGAGGUGACGACGGGUGCACGGCUUGUCCCAAGACAUCGACCGCCCUCGGCAAGUCUCGUCCGUCGAAUGAACAGCCGGAGAUGAAUAAGGGACUUGCCUGUGAACAGGCCAUGAUUUGGGGAGUUCAAAAUAAGGAAUGCCUCUUCGACUUCACGAAGCCAAGAGGCCGACGUGAGGGCGCAGAUAUCGGCGACAGUCGUCGCGCCUCCCGCGGAAGUAUCAGAGAAGGGGUCGGAGCUGCACAGAUCGCAAGAAAGUUGCGCCUCUUUGCAGAUUUUGUGACGGAAAGAAAGAAAAAGGACGAAGAACGCGUCGAACGGCAGAAAGACGUCCGAGCAAUUCUCGGUCUUGCAGCUAAGCUGGGGGAGAGACGGAAGUCCACUGGACAACACGGGGAUCGCGAUGGCCAGCAAGGAUUCUCUGUGCAGGAAACGAUGGUUAACGGGCCUGGAGACUCGAAGGGCAAAGACACACGAGCGGAAUCGUUCACGAGGGAGUCCUCGACUGCGAGUGCACCACCGAAAGGCGGCUCUCUCGCUCCUGCGACGUCUGAGAAUUUUCAGUGUCCGUUCAACCUAGCAGUGCAGAAAGAACCGAGGACCUUAACAGGGGGGCCAGGUGACCAGGUAGUGAGCCCAUCAAGAGGAGAUAAGGAGGAUUCGGAUCUUCUGUCCAGAGGACUUACUGCGGCGAAGAGCAGUGCCACACAAGAAAAAACUUCUCUCCUUCAAAAGUACCUUGCAGCCCUAGAGGAGGCCCAGACUGCGUGGCUACGGGCACAACGAGAACGCGUCGAUACCCGCCGUUUUCGCGUCCUCUCAGUUUUGGGGGUUGGAGCAUAUGGGGUUGUUCGUCUCGUGCAGGAUCGCCAAACGGGUGAGAAAUUUGCUCUAAAGCAAAUGGAGAAACGCGCAGUCAAGAUGAAGAAUGAACGGACACGGCUGUACGCAGAGCGCCACGUCCUCGCGGAAGUUAUAAGCCGGCAUAUCGUCAAGCUUGUUUGCACGUUCCAAGACAAGCACUAUCUGUACCAGGUUUUGGAGUACCUCCCUGGGGGAGACCUCAUGACUCACUUGAUUGCAUGUGGCCAAUUCUCUGAGGAGACGACAAAGUUCUACAUUGCUCAGUUGAUCCUAGCUGUGCAUACAGUUCACCGACUGGGCUACCUACACAGAGAUAUCAAGCCGUGCAAUAUUGUACUCGACAACAAAGGCAACUUAAAACUGUUGGACUUUGGGCUCUGCGCCCUCUAUCACUCCCCCUGCGACUUCGCCGGUGUUGGCGGGAGCCGUAGUGAUGCCUCAGACCCAUCUAGCAACGGAGUGCUGGAGCAACGCCUCCCGAAAGGUGACAUCGACUGCGAGGAAACAUCCAGAAGGCAACCAGCGGUCUCGGGAGUGUAUGCGCAGAGAGAGCAGGGAGUCGAGAAACCUUCCUUUAUGCAGAUUCCACCUGGUGAGUUCGAAGGGGUGCCUGCGCCAUUUUUACGCGAAAGGAUAGCCGGAGGCUCGGCCUUGGGCUCUGCCGAUAUCUGUGAAGGACCAAAUCUCGAGAGAACAGCGGAGCGAAACCGACUGCCUCUCGGCACCCUCGCAGGCAACGAGCAUGAUUCUGCACUGCCUGUCUCAUCGCCUGCUUCUUCCCCGUCUUUUGUCCAGUUGUUGCCGUCGCCGAAUUCGUGCUGUGGUUCGCAAGAGGCAACUCCGCGUGACUCUUCCGCAUCCGCCUCCUCGUCGGCAGACUUCGUCUCUCGCACACCGUCUGGUCCUUCCUCCGUGUGCCGAACCUCCCCUUGUGCUCGUCCUUCUUCCGAAAUGCAACGCGUUACACAUGCAUGUCAGCAAGCAAGUGAAGAAGAAUCGGUCGCGAAAGAAGCGCCACACGAUUCGGGGCCCGGAGGCCGGUUGAUCACGGCUUGUGAAGACAGUGGAGGAGCAGAAUCUGCGGUCAGUCUCACUCUUCCUUCUCCCCCCCGCGCUCUUCCAGAAAGGGAGGCUACACCAACAACCUCCAGUAUUCGUGAAAAAAACCGAAUUCGUCCUUCCAUUUCCAUGACUCCUUCGGCCCAAAGCACAACGCGCUGUGGCGGAACCGGUCUUUCUCUUCUGCCCGCCGCAGCGGACAGUCUCUUGUCUUGUGUGCCAUCUUCCUCUUCUGCUACCUCCUCCCGAUUCCUUCGAGUUUCAACCUCACAUCCCGCGCCUUCCUCUCUGUCUCCGACUCGACGGGCGCUUCCCCUCUCAGCUGCCUCCGCUGCCUCGAUGGGGCAGAAGCUGCUCCAACGGAGCCCAGGCUCUUUGUCUUCUGGUCGACUCACCGUCCCCUCACCUGCGAGUCUCCAAAGACGCCUCCCAGUCGUGAACUGUUCAAACCCGGGAGGCCGAAACCUGCCAAACUACGCCGCGUCCGCUCCACGUCUUUCCGAGCCAUCGUGUGACGGCGCGGAGGCUUCGCAUGCCCUCUGGCAGCACGCGGAAGGGCUUCCCUUGAGCGGCGGAACUGCAGAUCUUUCGGCUGGGGUCCAGGGCGGCCGUGCACUUGCCAGCGUCUUCGACUCUCCUCUAUCUUCGGCUUCGCCUCAGUUUCCCCUCGCUUCUGCCUGCGCCUCCUCUCCACACGAAUGUUCUGCCUUCGCUCCGGCGCCGCACCCUUUGGUUCCUCCCUAUUCGAGCAUGCAAUCGCCUGCGUCGCCUCCCGGCCACUCCUUAACGGUGUUCACAGAUUCCUUCCCUUCCUCCUUCCCACCUGUCUCUCCGUCGUUGCCUUCGCCCGCUAGAGAAACAGCUCAUGUGCCGUCGUCAGAGGAAACAAGGAAGGCCGAAAAGAAGACGCUACGCGCGCCAACAAACGAAUGGCAGCGGGGCAGUGCAGCGUCGGAGCAGACGCUUCCUUCUUCAACUCCGUCAACGGCUUCUCCAGCUUCUUCUCCGACCCAUAUUUCUCGCUUCGAGGCAUUGUCGCAGGUCGGGACUCCUCACUACAUGGCCCCAGAGGUGCUCUCAGGACUUGCCUAUUCUUUUUCAGCCGACUGGUGGUCAGUGGGCGUAAUUCUUUUCGAAUGCAUCUACGGAGGAGUGCCGUUCAACACGCCCAGCUACAAUCCGCAGUUGCUGUCCUACAUCAUCAUCAACUUCCGUCGCUUCCUGGUGCUGCCAAAGUGUGCUGGCCCGAAGAAAGCACACGUCUCCGCUGCAUGCAGAGCCGUUAUUCAGGGACUGUUAUGUGAACCGGAGAAGCGGUGGGGGUUUGAGGAGCUCAGAAAAUCUGCUUGGCUCCGAAAGGUCGACUGGGACGCCUUACGCAGAGGAGUCUGGAAGCAGAGGGAGAAGCGACCGAAAAAAGACAGAGGCGGACCCAGCAGCGGCGAGCCUCGAGAAGGCAGCGAAAGAAGCGGAACGGCGAAGGUGUCGCGCGCAGCACAUGCGGCAACUGCAGACGCAGAAUUCAACGAAACGCCAGUGCGACGGGAGGGCCCGGGAACCCCGGCAGCUGGCGACAAAGGCGAACCCUCACUGGGAGAAGAAGGGAAGGAACGUGGAGUAUCCUCCCCUCAAAAAGAACCGGCAGACACACCGAAUUCCGGGCAGCGCCGAACUGAAGAAACGGUUUGCAAGGUACACGGCGACGACCGUGCUCCCGACGCCCGUGGACAGCUCGCUCCUCCAGGAUCCGCGUGUACGGAAACGUUUAAACGCGAAAGCACGGUUCGUGUCGAUGAAGUCGGUUGUGUAGCUGCCGAGCAGGAAGAUGAAGAGGAAGUGACAGAAGGGCCCUUGAAACUUCCUUCGAGUGCCGUUCCCUUGGACGUUUCAGCGGGGUUCUGCGUGAACGACUGGGAUAGACAGUCGCGCCGUCUCCCUUCCUGGUGCCGGUACACUCCGGCAAUGACUGUUCUACAGUGUGCGCCGGAAACCGACCGGAGAGAUCCGGAUGGCAACACGCAAAGAACCGCCGCGAACCCAAACGACAAGCGUUUCGCUGAGCAGGGGAGGUGCUUCAGAAACAAAGAAACGGGGCAAGAGUUACAGAUCGCCGACAAGGAGUCAGAUUUAGGUCAGUCUUUUGAGGGAACUCUGCCACAGGCACAAGGGAGAAGACGAGAUCCCGGUAAUGCCGAAUCCGUCGUUGAACGUUUUGAGAAAAACAUCAAAGCUGCACUUGGCAUCCAAGAUGAACGCAGUAACGCCAUUGCAAAGGCAGCCUUGAACCAGGGUGGUCAUCGUUUCGAGGACGUCCGGGUGGCGGGGCUCGGAGGGUCACACGCGCCCAGUGCGGGAGACUGGCUAGCGCUACAGCCCUUCAGACCCAAAGACGAAGUGCUGAAGGAUCUGCGCUUCCUCAAUUUCACUUUCAAGCGCGAAGAGAAGGAGUACGAGGCAGGCGUAUACGCACUGGAAGAGAAAAUAAGGCAAAUCGUGAUGAGCGACUAUGAGGCAACGCACGCAGGCGACGAACUCGAAACAGAGAACAGAGAACAAAGACGCAGAACCGAGACUCGCUCAGGGAGAUGA